UUUGAUGUUGAUAUAAAUCUUAUAAUUAUUUAUAUGCACUUUAUUGUCUGUCUUUCUUGCACGUCCUGAGUAAAACGUCCUUUACUCCCGCCUCGGUAUAUGCGGGCGGACGCCGCGAGCACCUGACCGCGCGACGAAUGGGGGCGUGGUCUCCACCAUUUCCCCACCCCCCCACCACCACCUGCCGAAACAGAAACCUCUCACCUGAUUGGCUGCUUCCGUGGCAUUUAAAAAGUCCCUUAAUUGGAAGUUAAAUGGUAUAGCUGAGCUUGGAGAACAUUCUGGAAAUACAGCUGGUUUCAUACACUGAGAUGUGUUGCUCAUACCCAAGCGAAGCAGUGGUAUGGAUACUGGUCCUGAUCCUACUGACCUCUCAGUGGGGGCUGGUUGGUGCUUUCUUUGGGUGGAUGAGGAUGGCCGUAGCCCCAACCGCUCCCACUGCUGCUCCCCCUGUCGUCGCAUCGCCCCGCUCAGAUGGAGGCGCUGUUCCUCAGUUCGAGAUGAGCCUGACAGAUGACAAGUUCCUGGCAGAAGCCAAACUGAUGGAGCUCAGUCCCCUUGACAGCUGCCACUACCGGGUCAUUGGUCAGCUCAAGACCACCUGCUCCAGCCUCUCCGAAGAGCAGCUUGCCAAGCUGGGCGUGCUCUUGUUCAACUGCCAGGCUGAGGUGGAGGGACGGCGGACUUACCCCUGCACCGAGGAAAUGGCCCUGAAGGAGUGCACAGCAGACAUGGAUCCCGACACGUGGAAUGCCUACCACAUCGUGAGCAACCGAGCACGCUCCGUCUGCUACGCCACCCGCCAGCAGCACUUCCGCAGGAGGGCAGAGACCACUGUUAAUGCCCUCAUUGCCACGGCAACCAGCCAACUGGAUGCCAUGAAGGAUCUCAAGGUGGGCCAGCAGGAGCUGAAGGAGUUGACAGCAGCCUCUCUGGAGAAGUUGGUGCAGGGGCACAGUGCCCUGCAGGAACAGCAAGGGGCUCUGCAGGAGGGACAGAACCAGCUGGAAACCUCCAUUACCUCCAACCUGCAACAGCUGGGUCAAGAGAAGGCGCUCAUAGCUGCAGGGCAGGAGCUGGUGGCAAGGCUCAUUCAGGGGAUCACGCAGAGGAUGGAAAAUGUCAGCGAGCAGCUGAAAGGUCAGGGCUCAGACCUCCACGAUGGACACAAAGCUAUUCUGGAGGAUUUGGCUGAGGUCAGAGGUCAAGCCCAGGACAUAUACAGCAAGAUGGAGGAUAACCUGUCGGGCUUCCUGAAGUACCAGAACCGCACUGCCCGGUUCUACGCAGAGCUGAUGGGGCAGCUGGAGCGGAUGAACGGCACUCUGGGCUUCAUGCUGCAGUACCUGGACAGCAUGCAAACCCGACUAGAAGAGCGCUUCAAUCUCCUCCAGAGCUACCUGAGCUGGGCAGGCCUAAGUCUGUCAGCUUUAUGGGUGUGUGUGGUCCAUGCUGGGUACUUCCUCCUGGCAGCAUUGCUGCUCUCCUUUCUGCACUGCCCCUGCUUCACCCGUGCCACCUUGCUGGUCACCGUGCCUCUCAACGCAGCAGCAGAGCUCAAUGACCAACCUUCGCUGGACCUUGUGGGACUCGGCCUGCUUCUCGUCUCGAUCACACUGGGUCGCUGGCUCCUGCUUCGGCUGCUCCAGGAUGUUCCCAAACUCAAAUUUAAGAGUCCUGGCUCGAGCCCCAGCCGUCCAUGUCUGAUGCAUUCCACCCCCCAGCGGAAUGCCUUCCCUGAAACCAUGGGGCUCGAACCCCUAGGCCUGAUGGAUCACAACAGCUUUAACUUCCAUGACCCCUGUGAGGCAGUGACAUCACCUUCACACCUACCAGACUUGGGUCCCCCAAGCUACUCAACUCCUAGAGCCAAGAGCAUCCCUGGUGUCCGAAGGGUGGUGCUGGAAGGGCUGUCUCAGAGGCAUGUUGCAGCCAUGUUGGAUGCCAUGGGCGAGUCACCUGGGACCAGUCCCAACCAGUCCCUCGCCAGCAACAGUUCAGCUACAGGAAAACGACCCUGUCAAGGCAUCACCAAGACGGGACACUUGUGCAGGAAGAAGGCGGUACUGGGCCAGGACUACUGCAGGAUCCACGAGGGUGGACACACGUCUUUCAACCCUCAGUGACUCUUCAUCCCUCCUACCAGUGCGGUCAUCCUGAACAGGUUGCUGAAGGGUCUCGUGCAGGUAGCAGCACAUGGGCUUCACCUUCACAGGUGAAGUCGUGUGAAAUAUUUUAAACCAACUUUUCCUGAGGAAAAUAACCCUGGUUUAGAUUCCCUCAGGCCAGAUUUUUAAAUUUUGG